CAGAAUGAAUAUUCAAUUAUGGAUAUACUGUAUCCCGGCAGCCUGCCUCCAGAACUCUGGGUGAACUCAGAUGAGCCUCCAGGACCCCCUGAGCAAGUUGGACUUUGUCAAUUCCAUCUAGAGCCCGAAACUCAAAAUCCAGAGACCCUUGAAGACAUCCAGUCCUCUUCGCUCCAGCAACAAGCCCCAGCGCAGCUUCCACAGCUCUCUGAGGAGGAAGAACAUUCUCUAACCCAUCAGGAGGCCCCAGCUCUGCCUUCACAGUCUCUUCAGGGGGUCCACUCUUCUUCAACAGAGCAGGAGACCCCAGGACAGCAGCGACCUGCCUCUGAAGAGUUUGUAGCUCCGCCACUGAUACACCACGAGGUAAAUGUUCCAUUGAAAAGUUGGAGUGAAGCUCAGCAUUCAUGCUCGCCCAAUGUCACAGUCAAACCUGUGGAUAUGGAGCUUGCGGUAACUCCAGAGCCGGGUAAGGAACUUACGUCAAGCCAGGAACAGGCCGCAGCUCAGCCUCCAGGGCACCCCGAGGAGGUGGACUAUUCCUCAACCCAAUUAGAGGCCCCAGCUCAGACACCAGAGUGCCCUGAGGAGACAAAACCUCCUGCAACCAAGCAAGAGACCCCAGCUGAGCCUCUAGGUCCUCCUGUGGAGGCUGAACCUUCCCCCAGUGAGCAGAAGCAGGCAGCUCAGCCUUCUGAGUUUCCUGGGCGGGGGCGGGGAGGGGGGGGGGUUGAACCUUCUCAGAUCCAGCAGAAGGCCCCAGCUCAGACUCCAGAGUCCUCUAUGGAGAGUCUAGCUCAAACUCUACUGAAUCAUGAGGUGACAGUUCAACCUCCAGGUGAGGAUAAAGCUCAUUAUAACUUACCCAACAUUACAGUUAAACCUGCGGAUGUGGAGGUUACCAUAACUUCAGAGCCUACCAAUGGGACAGAAUCUUCCCAAGCCCAGCAGGAGGCCCCAGUUCAGCCUCCAGAGGAGGUGGAACCUUCUGCAACCCAACAGGAGGCCGCAACUGAGCCUCCAGGUCCUCCUAUGGAGCCUGAACUUUCCCUCAGUGAGCAGCAGCAGCCAGCUCAGCCUUCUGAGUCUUCUGGAAAGGUUGAAUCUUCUCCAGCCCAGCAGGAGACCCCAGCUCAGCCUCCAGAACAUCAUGAAGUCACAGUUUUACCUCCAGGUCACCAUCAAGCUCAGCAUUCAGGUUUGCCCAAUGUCACUGUUAGGCCUCCAGACAUGCAGCUCACCAUAGCAACAGAGCCUACUGCAGAGGUGGGAACUUCUCCAAUCCACCAGGAGGCUACAGCUCAGCUCUCAGGGCCAAUUAAUGAUGUAGAACUUUCUGCCACCCAGCAUGGGGGCCCACCUCUGCCUCCAGAGUCAUUGGAAGAGGCUGAGCCUUUAACAGUUCAACAGGAGACUUCAGUUCAAUCUCCAGAACCUAUUAAUAAUGAGAACCCCUCUCCAACCCAGCAGGAGGCUGCAGCUGAGCGUCCACAGACCCCUAAGGAGGUUGAGUCUUCUCUAAUCCAGUAGGAGGCCCCAGUUCAGACUCCAGAGCUCCCUAAUGAAGUUGUAGCUCAACCUCCAGAGCAUCAUGAGGUAACAGUUUCUCCUCUAAGUCAUGAUCGAGUUUAGCCUCCAACAUUGCACAAUGCCACUGUUAAACCUGUGGAUCACGUGGUUACCAUGACUCCAGAUUUCACUAAUCAGGUUGAAAUUUUAACCCAACAGGGGGCCCCAGCUCAGCCCUUAAUGUCCCCUGAGCAGUUUCAACAUUUGAAAUACCAGCAAGAGAUUAUAAUUCAGCAGCUAAAUACCCCUGAAAAUGACGAACUUACUCCAGUACUUCAAGAGCCCACAACUCAGCGUCCAACUCAGCUCUCCUCAGACUUUGAAAGUUCAUUGAAUGAUGAGAUGAUAUUUUCACCUCUAGAUCUGUCUUCAGUAUUCAGAAGUAAUUCAACUUUGCCUAAUACCACAGUUAAAAAUGUGAGUAUGGAGCUUACCAUACCUGCAGCGUCACUAUGGAAGUUGAACCUUCUCCAGUCUAGCAGGACAAUCCUUCUAUUCCCACUGAGCACGCUGACUUUUCUCUAGCCCAGCCUGAUCUCCCUUCCCCACCUCUGCAUUCUCCUGAAAAGAUUAAAUCUCCAGUCCAGCAAGAGGCCACAGCUCAGACUCCAGAGCCCCCUAAGGAGGUAGAAACUUCAAGCCAGCAGAUGGUCCCAUCUCAGCCUCCAGAGCCACCUAAGGAGGUUGCAGCUCAACCUCCAGCUCAUUAUGAGGUGACAGUUCC